CCGCCCCUCCCUGGCGGCGCCGCAGCGAGGCGGCCAUUUUGUGGUGCUGCGCGGUCGGUGGCGCUGGGCUCGGCGCGGAGCGGGGCCCGGGGGCGGCGUAGCGCCGUUCUUAACCCUUUUUCCCGUACAGAUCCCUCGGUAAGAGCGCGGCGGCGCCCGGGUGGACCGGGCCCGCGCCAACCGCCCGCCCGUCCUGCGUUACGGGCCUGCGGCGAGGGUUACUCAACUUUUGGAGCCUCCUGUAGGAAGACACUUCUUUCAGUUGUACAACAGCACUUGGAAUGUUCAUGGCCACAUAAGCAAGGAGUUUCUUCUUGGGGAAUAAAAUCAGCAGUGUUGAUAUUACAAAAUGACAAAACAUCCUCCGAAUAGAAGAGGGAUCAACUUUGAGGUGGGAGCCCAGUUGGAAGCCCGUGACAGAUUAAAAAACUGGUAUCCAGCUCACAUUGAGGAAAUUGAUUAUGAGGAAGGAAAAGUACUUAUCCAUUUCAAACGGUGGAACCAUAGAUAUGAUGAAUGGUUUUGUUGGGACAGUCCUUAUUUACGUCCUUUAGAGAAAAUACAGUUAAGAAAAGAAGGAUUACAUGAGGAAGAAGGGUGUGCAGGUUUUCAUAUAAAUGAUCAGGUGUUGGCAUGCUGGUCUGACUGUCGCUUCUAUCCAGCCAAAGUUACUUCUGUUAACAAGGAUGGUACAUAUACUGUGAAAUUUUAUGAUGGUGUAGUUCAGACUGUCAAAAACAUUCAUGUCAAAGCUUUUUCCAAAGAUCAGAACAUUGUGGGUAAUGCUAAGCCUAAAGAAAGAGGUAAUGAAAUUCCGUCAUCUCCUGAAAGGCGGGAGAAAUUUAAAGAACAGAGGAAAGCAACAGGUAAUGCAAAGAAAGACAAGGAUGAAAAGACAUUAAAGACUGAAAAAAGGGUUAAGCAACCUGAUAAAGAGGGGAAAUUGAUAGCUGUUUCAGAAAAAAGUAAGGUCUCAGAGAAGAAUAUAUCUAAGAAUGGAAAAGAAGAUAAAGAGAAUAUAUCAGAGAAUGAUAUGGAAUAUUCAAUAGAUACACAAAUUGAGAAGAAGCCUGAGAAUGACAAUGUAAAGAGUCCACAGGAAAAUGUGAAAGAAACUAAACGAAAGCGUGGAAGACCGCCAAUAACACCUCCAACAGAGCCAAGUUCUCAGACACUGCAGUCCAUAGCCUUGGAGUUAAGACGUCGGAAAAUACCAAAAGGAGGUGAAGUUCCGUCAAAGCGUCCCAGGAUAGAAAGGAACUUGUCUCAGGAAAAGUUGAAGAACUCCUCAGAUAACCAUGAAAAAGACCAGAUCAGGAGAAGGUCUUCAAGACUCUCAUCUAGUGUUAGCCAUGAGAUUUUAAAUACAGAUCGUGUCGCAACUUCAGCGGAAGUUCAGACUUUGAAAGACACAGUAUCUAACCCAAAGGAGUCUGAGAAGGUCCAGUUAGAAGUUCCUGUUGAAUCUGACCAAAGUUUCAGUGAAGAAGCAUCUCCUGGAAACACAUCACAUAGCACGGUACUCAGUACGGAUGCCAGUUUACAGGAAGAAAACACUGAAGACACUGAGUCUUCCUCUGUUGCUGUCAGAACUGAAGAACCUUCUGCUGCUACAGUAACAAAACCUUUUAGGAGAUCAGAUUUUCUUGCAUCAAAAAAAGCUGCAACUGUUGAUCAAGAUCACAAGUUUAAAUGCAAGUUCGAGGACUGUUCAAAAUCAUUCCGCAAAGCCAAGUUAUUGCAUUAUCACAUGAAAUAUUUUCAUGGAGUGGACAAGUCUGCAGAAUCGCAGCAGAACCCGGUAAAAAGAUACAUUCAAACCAGAGCUUCUUUGGCUUCUGAGAAAGCUAAUCAAGAAAGGUCAAAAAGAGGACGGAUCGCAGCUGGUUCAUUGUAUGCUCCUCUACAUGUAGCCCUAAGGAGUACCUCGUAUAGAGGUGAAAAAAUAGAAAAGAGAAGAACGUCUACUGCUGUAAAUGCAUUAAAUAGUCACCGAUACUCUGUUAGAGAGCAAAGCAAGGAGAACCACAUAGUGAGAUCGCUCCGGAAACCUCAAGAGAAACAAAGAGGUGAAAAUGCUGCUAAAGAACAUGAGAAGAACAAAGAAAGAAAACCCAAGGACUAUGGAAGGUCCAAGGCAAAGAAGAAGAAAAAAAAGAAAAAGAGGACUAAGCCUGAGUACUCUGGUAGCGAAGAAAAUGCAGAUAUUUCACAGGAACUUUCUCCUGAAAAAUCAGUUGUCACAAAAAGUAUUUCUUCAAAUAAAUCCUCUGCCCAGCCAAGCACACUGCUGCAGUGCUCCGAGUCUGGACACCACCGAGGAAAAUCAAAGACAAAUGAGGAAGACACCAUGAGUGAGUCGUCUAUGGACAGCUUGCUUUGGAGUGAUGAUGACUGCAGUCAGGAUGUUGAUGUAACCACAAAUCCUGAUGAAGAAGCUGAAGAAAGUGACUUUGAGAUUGUUCGGUGUAUUUGUGAAGUAAAAGAAGAAAAUGACUUCAUGAUUCAGUGUGAAGAGUGUCUGUGCUGGCAGCAUGGAGUCUGUAUGGGUUUACUGGAAGAUAAUGUACCUGAGAAAUAUACCUGCUAUAUUUGCCAAGAUCCUCCAGGUCAGAGGUCCAGCUUAAAGUACUGGUAUGAGAAGGAGUGGUUAAGUAAUGGCCACAUGCAUGGCUUAGCGUUCUUGGAAGAAAAUUACUCCCACCAGAAUGCCAAGAAGAUAGUAGCCACUCAUCAGCUUCUUGGCGAUGUGCAGAGAGUGAUAGAAGUACUGCAUGGACUGCAGCUGAAGAUGAGCAUAUUAAAAAGUAAAGAACAUCCUGACCUAAAGCUCUGGUGUCAUCCGUGGAAGCACAUUACAGUGGAUGAAAAAAUCCAUACAAAACACAUCAUUCACAUCGAAGAAAACUGCUGCAGAGAGGAGAUGGCGAGUUAUAGAACUUGGAAUGGGACAGCUGAGAAACCCUCAGCCAUUCCUUCUGUGGAGGAAUCUUACAUCACAAGCGAACACUGUUACCAGAAACCUCGGGCCUACUACCCUGCUAUAGAGCAGAGGUUGGUGGUGGAAACGAGAGGUUCAGCCAUGGAUGACGGCGUAAAUAGAAUAAGGGAAAAUGGGGAUGACGUCCUGUCGGAGAGGCUCGGUUGGAAUCUGGACCGAGAAAUAUGUAAAAUGGAAAAUGAAUCCAAACACAAUUACUCCAAGGUAAGAGAGCCUGCGUCUAAGAAAGCUUCUGCGGAGGAAGCUAUUGAAAUGAAACUGCUGGAAAAGGACAAAGAAGGAGUUGUGAACUCACAGCUGCAGUGGCAGCUUAAUCUUUUAGCUCACGUGGAAUCUCUGCAGGAUGAAGUCAUACACAGAAUGGAUUUCAUUGAGAAGGAGCUAGAUGUGCUGGAGAGCUGGCUGGAUUACACGGGGGAGCUGGAGCCGCCAGAACCGCUCGCUCGCCUCCCGCAGCUCAAGCACUGCAUAAAGCAGCUGAUAACGGACCUCGGCAAAGUGCAGCAGAUCGCGCUCUGCUGCUCAACGUGAGACUGGAGAAUGCUGGGGACUGUUACCAAGCGCGAAGUUGGAGCAUCUGGCGUGAACAGCUCUGUGUAUUUAAGUGAAAUUAGCAUGCUGGUUGCAUGUGAUGCAGAUUGACUUCAGGGAUUUGUGAAGAAGCGCCGUUCGAAGAACAGCCAAAAGGUUAUUUUAUCAUAAUUUGGGGUUUACUGGGCAAUUGUAACAAUAUGGAAGAGGUUAAUACUGUUGUCUUCAAAGGUUGGGUGUCGGUUGAUUAAAUUAUACCUAAAUUUUCACUCCUUACAAGUUGCUCAUUGAGGCGGUAGACUUCAUCAUUAAAUUGACUAAAAUUGUGCCACUGAAGAACAGAGUUCUAAGAGCCAAAAAUGUUCAGUUGACAGAGGUUGUAAAUAACUUUGCAUAGUUUCAGUGACUUGUGUCAUGUUUUACUCCUUCUGGUUUAUGCGUAAUAGCACACGGUAUUUAAUCAUUAGGAAAUGUUAUAACAGUUUUCAGACCUAGACAGUAUGAACGUCCAGCUGUAAACUAUCGGCUGUGACAUGGAGGGCUGCAAGUAACAGCGGCCCAGCCCCGCUCCUGUCACGGCGAGUGGCGCAGCAGGAGCUCAGGGUGGAUCGCGCUUCCUUCCAGGACGAAUGCUGGUUGUCAGUACUGACCCUGUCGCCCACGUGGCGCUGGGGCAGGGCUCCGUGCCGUGGGGCGGUGCCACCAGCAGCUCUGCAGCGGGACGAGCGCUGCCGCGGGCGUCGUGUGCUCUUCUCCCAUUUGUUGGUAAUUGCCAUUCCGGUUCUAUCUUGAAACGUAGGCUUUUUUCAACGCUCGGAACGUGUUCAUUGUAAAGACUUGCUAUGAAUGUGUGGUUUUGGGAAUCAGUUUAUUUUCUAUUUGUGUAAAUAAAGCCUCGAGAUCUAUGCAUGAGGUACUGUCCUGACAGGCAGCGAGUGGGUUAUUAACGGUGUACGUUGACGAGUUCCCUUUUAUACCUUGUUUUAAUUUCCUGGUUUUAUUACUUCGUGAGGGCGAGGUGAAGGUGCCUGAAUUCAGCUGUGCUGUGCAGCCCUCCUUGCAGCGGCGCUGUGCUGGAGCGCGGUUCAUCGUCGCGCUGUCGGCAGCGGCCGCGCCUUCGCUUUCCUUCCCUAACGCAGCUGGGGUCACCAUAGGAAGUGGUGAAGGUGUUUUUCCACGGAGAGGGCGUCCUGAGGGAGCUGAGGGUGGGCUUGGCACGUGGCGCUGGUAGGAAGGCCGGAGCCGUACCGUGAGCCUGUCCUGCUCGUUUGCUGCGAACAGUGAUGGUUUACUAUAUAAACUCCUACAAUAGCUUGGGUAUUUUUAACUUAACGUUGUCUACACGCGGAAUGUUUUAAUCAGUUCCUGCAGAAGAUGAAGUAAUAGGGCUUCUCUAGGUAGUCACUACAGCUUUGUGCAAAGAGUCGUUUCAGGGAAUAAUUAGUCUCUCCGUUUCAUAAUACGAAUUGGUAUAUAAUGAGUACAACGUACGUACAGCAGGAAAGUGAACUUCCUGUAACUCAGAAUAAAGAUUACGUGGUAUUGAGGUCCCACUUCACCCUCUGAAGGUGACCGCGGCGUUGCACCGUGUCUCGCUCCUGCUGGUGACCCCCAGCUCCCAGCCUGUAGGGCGGGCAGCGGGCCCAGUCCGGCAGCACAGCGCCGGCAGGAGGGCUCCGGGUGGCUGCGAGGGCGUGGGGCUGUCAGGGCAGGAGGGCCGGGAAGGGGAGCCCUGGCUGAAACCUGCAGCAGGCGUUCCCAUGAGGUCUGCUGGGAUGGGCAUCGCUGCGGCCCCACGGCUGUGUGUGGGGGCCCGGGGCGUGGGAGCAGUUCCUGAGCUGACCGUUCUCCUUGGAGGCGAGCUUCUUCCCAGCAGCUGCUUCUUGUGGAUUCAUUUUAAGGUUUGGCUUCACCAGUUAGUUUGUGCUCAGGGCAGUACUUAGGAGAUGGGAGAGAGGACUGUUCUGAUGGGGAGUGGGGCGACCGAUCCUGGAGGCUGGUUUUCCUGUAGCGGAGCUAGGGAAGAAGCCCUUGCAGGUAAAGACUGAAAGUAUUUAUUUAAACUAGACUAGCAUUUCUCAUGUUCGGGAAAGGUUCUUUAUUGUGCUUUGGAUUCAUUUUGUCCCUGUUUCUGUGAGUUUCCACAUUGUUAUUUCGUAGCCUGGGCCAGCCGCUUGGUCUAGCAUGUCACUUUUUUGUUCUUCAAAUCACUGGUAAGUGAAUGCAGCGUGGAGCCUUGAUGAAAUGAGCAAACAUUGCACUGUGGAUACACAUUCGUCUUUGUUUAUGCACUAUUAGAACUGAGGGCGCUGUAUAUAGAAUUUUGCUUUGGAGCAAUAUUUGCAAAACUUGAAAACUUCUGUAUCUUGGUGUUUGGAAAAAAUAAAUAGGUUUUUGUUGGUUAA